AUGGGGUCAAAGAAACUACAAUUCUGUGCUGGGAAGUUACAUUAUAUUUCUUUACGGCAGAUCUCAAGGAGUGGAAGAAUAAUAUCUGAGAAAGAAUAUCGGCUAAAUGCUAUCAGGAGGGAUCACCAAAGAUCUGUACAGGAGUGCCUGGCUCAGGCCGUAUUUAAUGAGGUCCUUGAUACGGAGCGUCGUCAUCAGCUGGAAGUAAAAGAGAAACUUGAAAAUUUUGUGAGGAAGAAGAGGGUGCAGAAAAUCAAGGCGGAACAAUCCGGAAGAUCUGUGGAAGGUGCUAGCCUGAUGCGCUGCCCACGUCCACUACUUGGUCCAAGAAAUCAUUAUGGGCUCCAUCCUUUAGCGGCUCGAGAACCAGCUGGUCACUCACAACUGAGGGCACCUGGACCUGUAGUUGAUUACUAUGGUAGACAUCCUUCUCAUCAACACCGAUCCAAGGAGCCUGCCUUUUCUAAUACGACCUCCUGGCGACCAAAUACAGCUCCAGGAAAUGCGCGAUACCCGCUUCGCCUCCCACCACUUCGCAGCUGUGCUGCAGUAGGGUCUGUACCAAAGACUUCAACCUCUAAACAAAAGUGCCACAGACUUGAAAAUGAUCAGCAGUUUGCCAGUGGGGGGGAGAGGAGUGAGUUAAGACUUAUUAAUUCAAUGGAGUAUGUGAGUGGUAUAUCCCCGUAUCAGCUACCUGUCAUUAACAAUAAUGUGAUACCAGUGCCACCUCCCCCCCAGCAAAAAGGAGACAAGAGCGUAAAUGCAGUGAGAAAUCGGAUGCUCAGAGGCAGACAAUUUCGUCCCACCACUGCACCAAAUGGCUUAGAGCAACUUUUAACACAGAAUUCUGGAGGAUUCCCUAAGCCCUCGUUACGCAGCAACGCAUUUGUUACCAUGGUCUUUCUAGGAAAAAGCGUGCAUUUAUCUCGUGAUGAUGCUGAUUACAGAGAUGAAAUCAAAAUCUAUCAGCAGCAUUGUGGAGGAGAAAACCUUUGUGUCUACAAAGGCAAGCUAUUGGAAGGAGAGACCUUUCAGUUUGUCUCAAAGAGGCACCAUGGUUUCCCAUUCAGCCUCACAUUUUUUCUCAAUGGGAUGCAAGUGGACAGGUUGAGCUGUUGCUGUGAGUACAAACAUCAGAAGCGUUCCAGGCUGGGAGGCAGACAUGGAUACUUCGGGUUUCUCAAUGUGGAGGGAGCAUCUCCUUGCUACAGGUGCGUUAUUGCAAUGGGUCUUGACAAAAAGCCAUCCCCUCCCAAGAGAAGGAUGGAGGACCAUGAGGAAAAGCAUGUGCGUUCGUGGAGAGAUGGAGUGCGCAGUGAGCCAAGUAAAAGCAGUGUUGAGCAGAAAUCAAGCAAAGCUUCAGUGUUAGUCACCUUACCAGGUCAUGAAGUGAGUGUGGAAACUAUUGAGGACAAAAUGGAGACCGGCCAGGAGUACAGAAAAGAAGAAAGGAAAAAACUAUAUGAUCGUGAGAGUGAAGAUAGUCAGGAAGACACUGAGUAUGAAGGAGAUUUUGAAGCAGAUGAAGAAGUUAAUGAAGAGGGACAGACUGGUGAUCAAAUGAACGGAAUGUCAAAGUCAUCCUCAGAUGACAAAAAACAUAACUUAGACUAUGAAAGGGAGAGUAAAAACUCAUCACAGAAGGCACUGCAGGCCUCUGACAGUGACAAAGAUGAAAGUGCUGGAUAUUCUGACAAUGACUCAGAGGAUGAUAAAGAAGAUAGGAGGCCUGCACACUGUCUCUCAUCCAUCAGUACUCAGUAUAGCAGUGAAGAUGACUCUCAUGCUGAAACGAUGAAAGACAACGUUAAAGACAAAGAGGAGUAUAGUAUCAAAAGAGCAUCUGAUGAUGCAUCACAUGCACAAUAUGGAAAUAAGAACGGGGAGAACAAACUGCUCAGAAUGGAGGAAAAUCAGGAAACUUUUGCACUGGAAAAGGAAGGAAUAGAUGAAGCAGAAAAGGCAAAACGAGAAGAUCUAACAGCAAGGGAAGAUACUGGAAUUUUUCAUGACAAUAUAAUGGCAAUACAGCGUCAAAGUCCUGAAGUUAAUGGGGAACUCAAACAGGCUGGGUCAGUAGAAAGUAACAUAGAGGAAGAUGGGGAGAAAAAUGCAAGCACCAGGAGGGAUGAUGGGGAGGAAAGUCUUCUAGUGCCUUUGGAAAGCAAUAUGACAGAAGUGGAAGAUAGCAAUGAAGAGUCUUCUCAGAGUGAUGAAGGAGGUGUUUUUGAAGAUUGCAAACCAGUCCAGGAAGAAAUAGCAAAGGCAAUUGGAAAUGAUCAUCAUGUGAAUUCUGAACCUGAAGCUAGCGAUUCCUGUGCAGAUGAGGAAGAAGAGAACGUAACAAGUACAGAGUGUGAUGCCAAUGAAGCACCAGAUGGAGCUUUCUUGGCAGAAGGAACAAGAACACUUCAUGUGCAGAAGGCAGCAGAACAAGUGGUACGAGAAGGGCAGAUGGUAGGGGAGAGACAAGCACUUGAGAAGGAAGAUUUUAUUGCUGAGGGAGGUGAUGCUUGCACCGAAGAGGCAGGAGAAGAAAUGGCAUGGGCGGGAGAUUUGCUGCCCAAGGAAGACACAGUGGCUGUGCUGCAGGCAGAGGGUCAGCUGGCAGUGGAGGAAUCUGCACCUGAGGAGAGCACCAUGGCAGAAGAAGAUCCCAAAGCAAAGGGGACAGGGAAGAGAAUGGAGUCUGGUGCAGAGGUGGCACCCGGGGAGCAGGAAGUUCUGAUGGAGGGGAUGGGGAGCAAGGCAGCACUGGGAGACCAGGCACCUGGGGGAGAGGAGCCGGCAGGGGCAGGAGCACUGCUAGGCAGGGAGGCAGAUGGAGCAGUGUCCAAGGGGGAGGAGGCGGGUGGGGAGGUCUCUGAGGGAAGACAGGCUGUGGAGGAGACUGUGGAGGUGGCCUCCAAGGCAAAGGAGGCUGUGGGAGCGACAGGGCCUCCAGUGAAGGAGGUGGUGGGUGAGACGAUGUCUGAGGCAGAGGAGGCCAUGGAGGAGGGAGGUUUCACAGGGAAGGGUGUUGUGGCGGGUGCUGUGUUGGAGAGAGAGGAGGCUGUGGAGGAUGCCAGCUUGGCAGAAGAAGGGAUUGCUGAGGUAGCUGGCCCUGAAGGAGAAGAGUCUGUAGAGGAAGCCAUUUCUGAAAGGAAGGAGGCUGUGGAGGAUGCUAGCUUGGCAGAAGAAGGGAUUGCUGAGAUAGGGAAAGCUGCCAUAGGAGCAGCAACAUCUGAGACUGGCAAGGCAUCAGAGGUAAAAGGGAGCUCUCUCCUGAGAGCAGAGGGCGCAGUGGAGUCUGUGGAGCCUGGCAAGCAUCCCGUGUUGCAAGUAGCACCUGGAUUGAGGGCACUGGUGCCUCUAAUGGAUCCCAUAAGUGAAGGGUUAUUUCAGUUGGAGGAGACCACAACAGCAGAGGAGGAGGAGGGCUCAGCAGAAGCACUUUUGAGUGAAACCCCAUAUCUAGGCAGCAAAGCAAAGACAGAGACUGCAAUGGAAGAAAAACCUGAUGGAGGGGUGAUAGGAGUAUCUGUAGAGAUAGCCAGAGCAGAGUCAGGAGGUGGAGAGGAGGUCAUGGGUGGAGCAGCAGGUCCAAGGGAGCUGGGAGCUGGGAUGGAGGGAUCACUGGAGUGUGCUAAAAAGAGAGGGAAGGAGAGGCCUCCUGGUGAGGGAGUGGUGGAUGAAGCAGCACUGCCUGCCCCAGGGCUGUGUGUGAGCAGGGUGAGGGAGGCAGGGGUGGUGGCUGGUGCCGUGGUGGGUGGCCAGGUGGGGCGAGGGGUUCUGGCUGAGGGAGCAGCAGGGGAGCUGGUGCUGGUGGGGGAGGCGGCGGGGCAGGAGGAUGUUGUAAACCCAGAUGCAGUUGUCGUGCCCUCGGUACAGCCCCAGGAUGGGGAAGAAACUCUCCUCUAA